AUGAACCGUUGAUCUUCCUUGUCCUCGAAAACCCCAGCUGAUCCAACGAUUCAGAAACAAAAGAAGACUUUGUCCUCUGAAAAUUAUUACAAAGUCGUAACACAUUUGACCGAAGCUUCGUUCGGAGAGACCUUAAGCACCAGAAAUGAAACUUCCAAAUCUAUAGCGACAAAAUCAUCUUUAGACGAAAGCCUUAUCUUCAAUCCGUAUAUAUAUUUCCACUUCCCUAUCCACUCUCCAUUGAAAAAUUCAGUCUACUCCUUCUACAGCUUCUCUCAAUUUCAUUAUCUUUAAUUUCUCAAUUUUUGAAACUCUCAAGUUCAUAUAUUGGACCUCAGUAAUGGAAUGUUUUGAUGAAUAUUUUGCAUUGGAAAAAAUUAGAAACCAUCUUCUCGGGGAUUUCUCCCCAAAAACUUUGAAAUUUGGGGCGGAACUAACGAGUAGUAGGCCGUGUAGUGAUAUUAUGACGGAGAGUUCUAGCUCUCAAUCCGAAUCUGCUAGUUCAGACUCUCUUCCCUUUGAUUUUCUCUCCGAUUCAUUCGAUUUUGAAGCUGAUUUCUUUCAAUUUGGAAAAGAAGUUUCAAAUUCGAGCGCGGAAUCGGCAAAUUCAGUGCAUAAUUCAACCAAUUUCAUCAAACUCGAAUCGGAGCCAACACUUUCAAGCUCCGAAUACGAGAAAUCUCAAGUAAUCAUUGACCUUACAUCACCUAAGUUGAGUAACGUUAGUGAUCGGAAACCUUCAUUGAAAAUUGAUUUACCACCAGUGAAGAAAUUUGAGUGGAUCGGUUUUGGUAAUUCGACGACUCAGUCGAAUUCAAUUGUUUCGGUGACUAUGCAACAGAACCGGAAAACUGAAGAGAAAAGGCAUUACAGAGGAGUGCGACAGCGGCCGUGGGGGAAGUACGCGUCGGAGAUCCGAGAUCCGACACGCCGUGGUGCUAGGGUUUGGCUUGGGACAUUUAACACCGCAGUUGAAGCGGCGAAGGCUUACGAUAGAGCCGCAUUUAAGAUGCGUGGAAGUAAGGCGAUAUUGAAUUUUCCGUUGGAGGUGGGGAAGAACCUGUCGUAUUCAAGCUCCGCCAUGGACGGCAGCGUGAAGCGGCGGAGAGAAUCAGAAGAAUGUGGAGAUGAGAAGGAAGUGAAGAAAGUGGAGAAGUGUAAGGAAGAGGAGUCAUGGCCAUUAACUCCGUCAAGUUGGAACUUCCUUUGGGAACAGAAUACUAACGGAAUGCUUAACCUCCCGCCUUUAUCACCGUUAUCUCCUCACCCGUCAUUGGGCUGUUCGCAGCUUAUUCAAAUCUGAAGUGACCACACAGUACACAAUACUUCGAUUUUAUGAAUUUUGAGGGAAAACAUAAAAUAAGAACACAUCUAUAGAAAUGUUUUGUAUGCAUCAAAAUCAGACCAAUUAUAUGAUAAGUUUCUCGACUCCAGAGGCGAAGCUAGGAUUUAGAGCUUAUGGGUUCGAGGUUUUAGUCUUUUAAGUUAUUGGGUUCUAAAUUUACAAUUCUUACAUAUUCAAUGAAUUUUGUAAGACAAAUACAUGAUCUGGAUCAAAGUGAUUGGGUUCAGCCGUACCCGUAGUCAGUGGGCUAGCUCCGCCUCUGCUCGAUUCUAGAAAGUAAAUUGUUACGGUACUCGCUUUAGAGUCUGACUAAUCCUAUUGCACGUUGAGAAGUCUCACUACGGGAAGCAAAACGUUCUCUACCAAUUGUUCUAUGUUUGUAUUAUACGGAGCAAAUAAUUUGAACUUGGGUUUAUGAA